UUGUGUGUCUCCCGAUGUCAGUCGCCUAUACGAUGCCUCCCCCACCGCACAUGUGCCUGUCUUGUCGGUCGAGGGUCAGUCGAAGGUCAGUUGCCCCUAUGGUGUCUCCUCUCCGGCCGCUCUGAAGGACGACAGUGACUCAGCCACGAACGGAUCCAAGCAUCCCGCUCCCGCUUGCUCUCAUAAUGCUCAUCGGCAGCUGACACACAGCACAACACACAGAUGGGUAAACAAAUCCAUCUCACUUCUCCAGGCUGCUCGUUGCUUACCGGCCAUGUCAGCCGUCUUUGCCUCCAGCAGCUGGUAUAUGUGGCAAAGGAGAGCAUCGUCAGCCGCGUGGACGGUGGAGGCCGAGUACAUGCAGCUCUACGAUAUGAUGUAAAGGCCCAGCGAGGGGAUCACAUAGGCAUCCCUGCCAUCUGGAGAGGGAGACACGGAGCCAGCAGGUAUCAGCAGUUGCGGCUGUCUUACCCUGCGGGCAAUCCCAAGCGGCUCUCGCUCCAUUACCAUCAUUGAACUUCAGGCGCAGGUUCUGACAACACACGACACGAUGAGCGACACAAAGAUAGCAGAGUGUGUCCGGCGUCUUCUCACCUCAUGCCAGGCCAUCGAGACGUGAAAGAGGUCUCCCCCGCCCUCUGGCACCCCCUCACACCUGACACCGGGCGAAAGGGUCCACUUCUCCUCCCUCACUCCGCUGCCUGAAAUCUCGUCUGCUCGUCGAUAGUGGCAGCAGGGGUGUAUCCACCCCGUCGUGUACAGGACGUUUGCCCUGUUUGCUGUUAUGGCUUCCUUAUCGAGGAGCGACAGAAUGUCUGAACGAACAAAACAGGGAAGCCGAAUGUAUGGUUUUAGGUCGACUCUCACCGAGACAGGCCGCACGAGCGAUGAUAUCCUCGCACCAGAGUGUGUGUGGACAACGCCUUCAUGCAGCAAAUAGACCCCCUCUUGCUUGAUGAAAUAGUAAGGCCCUAAUGCACCAGUUAACCGAGACUGUUCUCUUCUUUGCUUGAUAGCUGUAUGAGUGGCGCUGGCCUUACGUUUUCCGUCUGUGUCGACGGGCGCAUCCCACUCUUUCUCCCUGCCGCCCUCGGUGAUCCCCAUCACGAAGCACAUUGACUGAAAGAGAAGGUAGGCAGCCCGACAACAAUUCGUGCCCGGCUGUCGGCCUUGAUGUGUCUCGCCUCACCUUCCGCUCAACAUGAACAUACCACAGCUCAUUCGUUAGCUGGAGGCACUCCUUGCUGUUCACACGAUACUCCGACGGAUCCUCUGCAAGGCCGACGAAAUACUCACACUUCAGUUGUAUCUGCUCGCUGCUGCUGCUGCUGCUGUUGCUGCUGUUGCUUGACUUGAGUGUGUAGUAGAGGUGCAGCCCCGGUCGCUGGAGGUCUCUUGUAUCGUCAGCCUGCAACAUCAGAAGGCGUACGACAACUGACACAGCGUGUUUUCCUUCGUAUUUUCAACCUGAUGCCAUCGGGCGGCCGAGUCGAACGUCGCUUGCUGUGCUUCGGCAGUUCUCGCUGCGGUGGGCUGGCCGGGUGAGUUGACCGGCUGGAGGCGGAAUCCGAUGAGCUGAUGGGGCUUGACCAGGGAACGAAUGUGAGCCCAUAUCUCCUCGCGAGAGAUAUCGGAAAGCCCCCUUACACCCUUCCGCCGCUCUCUAAUGCGCGCGAGAAGUUCUCCUAUCUUCGUCAUGCGCGGCGGAGGAGAAGGGAGAGAAGGGAGAGGGG